UAAAGCACAACACUGACGUCUGGGGCCCAGCCUAUCAGAACCUGCUUCAGCUGAGUCACGUGAACACUUCUAAAGUCUGAUUGGCAGGCAACAAGUCCAGAGGAGAACCGGUGGCGGAGAGGCAAGCUCGUGCGUAAAAGCCGAGGUGCGUAAAAGUCACACAGCUGCGCAAAGUCGGAGCCAAUAUCUCGGUGCUCAGCCUGUUCUUCAUCCAGAGAGUCACUACACCCAAGCAGCGGGGAGAGCGGAGGGAAAACUGGUUGCAUGGCACCACAGUCGUGCGUAAUGAAUCCUGCGCAGGGAUCCCCGGCUGCUCCUGGAGAGACAGCGCCUGAGGACAGAACCUCCGUCGGAGAGCUGGACGUCGAGUCGCCUGUCAGAGGAUGCAAAAGCAGGAGUUCGGAUCUUCCUUUCAGCGUGGAGUCCCUCAUGUCGGACAGAAGCCCUUCGUGCAGGAGCCUCCACUCCCCGGAGCCCGGCUCUGGAUGCGCCCGGACGGAGGAGUGCGCGUCACCGAGGGGCGUCUGUGCGUCCAAACUGGAAGCGGUGGAGCUUAGUGAGACUGAAGCCUGGCUUCAGGGUCCAUCACCUAUAAGACUUCCCAGCCCGGCCCAAUGCAACCUGCGGAAACACAAAAACAACCGGAAACCCCGGACCCCCUUCACCACCUCSCAGCUCCUCUCCCUGGAGAGGAAGUUCCGUCAGAAACAGUACCUCUCCAUCGCGGAGAGAGCCGAGUUCUCCAGCUCCCUGAACCUCACAGAGACCCAGGUCAAGAUCUGGUUUCAGAACCGCCGGGCCAAGGCCAAGAGACUGCAGGAGGCCGAGCUGGAGAAGAUCAAGCUGGCGUCCAAGCCGCUGCUCCCGGCCUUCGCCUUCCCCUUCCCUCUGAGCGCACCCAUGGGCGCACCGGCUCUUUACGGGGCUCUGAACGGACCCGGGCCGGUCCUGUCGAUACCGGGACUUUUCAGUAGACCUUACGGGAUGUACUACUUGUCUUAAAAUCAACUCUUUUUAAGCUGCGUUGGAAGGAGAGCAGCAAAUAAACACUGGGGGGAAAKKAA